GGGUUUUCCUCAAUUUUUCGUGGAUUUUAGUGGAUUUUAAGGUGAAAAUCGGCUAACAAUUGGAUGAAAAUGGCUGAUUUGUAUCGCUAGAAAUAUUAUGAGAAUUACCUGCGACGAAAAGCUGGCUAAAUGAAGAGCGCGCGGCUAUGAUAACGGAAUGGAUGUCGCACAGCAGACUUUGAGCGAAUUUAACAUCAUCGACAACAUCAUCGAGUCGGCGGUUGAUGAGCUGCUACAGAACCAGGUUACCACCCAGACGGAGUAUGGAGAAAUCGACGACGUGCUCCUGACGCUGUGCCGACUGUGCGCACGGGAAGAUGAGUCACAAAUGCUGGAGUUCACCGAGGACCAGCUGCUGCUUAUCGCUGAGCUCAAUAUUUCCCUAUCGAUCGGCGUCGAUGAGACGAGCUCCGUAUGCUCCAAGAUUUGCCACGAUUGCAGUGCCUUUCUGAGGGAGAUUCAAAGUUUCUGCAACAUGUGUUUGGAAGCGCAGAAGCGCAUCUCUACGCUGUUGACACAGCGGAACAUGCUGCCGGAUUUCCUCAAGCUGGACUUUACCGUAUCAUCGAAAGAACCGUUUCUGCCGAUGCUACUCGCUUCACCGCUACUGUCCACCGAAACGAAACUACAGGAGGAUGGUGUACCCGCUUUCGACAGGGCUACGGGUACACCCAGCGAGGUAGAAGAUCAUUCCGCGCUGGAAAAGGCAGAACCGAUGAACCCUCGAAGGCGGACAGAAAACAAGAGCACGUCGGCCUCCUUGGUGAGCGCAGCCAGAACGGUAUUAACGCCGGGUAAGAGGCAACUAGUGAAACGAGCAGCUACCAAAGUGAGCCAGCUGGUAAAAUCUCUGCAAUCUAGAGGAAGCAAAGGGUCGAGCGAAAUGGACGAAGGGAAGGGCAAAAAUCCCAAGUUGAAGGCUACGAAACAACGCAAAGGGAAAGUAAUGGCAGCCGGGAAAUCGCUAAACAAAACGACAGAUCUGCAGACUCAACCAACGCAACGUACCGAUUCACGUCGAAUAGUGGUCAACGGUCGUCUCGAGUGGCUGUGUCUGGACUGUGAGGAAACGUUCGAAAGCUGUGCAAGGCUUAAAUCCCAUCGCCAAACCUGUGCACUGGUGGGGACAGAACAAUCGAAGCGAAUCGGCUCGUUCUCGUGCGAUCUUUGUGAUUAUGUCCAUUCGUCUUUGGCUGCACUGCGUGUCCACCGGCACAAGCAUAGCGAGAAGGGAACGAAAGCCAGACGUAAGAGAACGGCCAUCGCGAAGGAUGAAACACCGGAGAAGAUCUGCCAUGUGUGUGGCAAGCUCAACAAAUCGGCACGCGCUUUACGAUUGCAUCUGCUAACGCAUUCGAACGAGAAAAAGAACGAAUGCCUCGUCUGUGGGAAACGGUUUUUACGGUCACAGGCUCUGAAGAUGCACAUGGACGUGCACUCCGAAACGAAGCAAUACGAGUGCGAGAUGUGUGGCAAACGGUUUCACGCCCGAGCCGGUCUGUAUAAUCAUCGCAAAACGCACGAUCAGUCCUAUCGCCGCCGACAGUGUCCGGUUUGUCCGAAGCGCUUUGUCCAUCCGUACCAGCUGCGGGAACACAUGAUGAUACACACCGGCGAGUACCCGUACGUGUGCAGUGUCUGUGACGGCAAGUAUCGCACGCUCGCCAAGCUGAAUCGCCACCUGGAGAAGGAACACGUGCAGAUCUUCGAUCACAUAACGCUGGUGGAAGAUUGUGAAACGAAUGAGGUGGACGAUCUGAUCGUGUAUCAACCGGAAGAAGAUCUGGUACCCAUGAUGGACACGAUACCGCACGAAUUAGGUUCAGGGCAGUCCGAAAUGGCUACACUGGAACUGCACCCCGAACUGGCCCCGGCAGCUAUUCAUCUCGAAGCCGAGGGGUCGGUUUUCGUGGAGGAUCAUCAUCAACUUCUCAAUCCACAGCAGAGUCCAUUCGUAGUAAACUGUUUCCCUGGCCCCGCGCCCGAGACAGAUGAUGCGUUCUACAGUUUUAUGGACGGUUAAUCUAAAUUGCGGCCACAAAACAUGCAACUGGAGAAGCAUGGAAUGCUUCCAAGUGCGAUCUCUUAAAUUCCAUUCCCAGCACAGAUCACAGUUGCCAUGCUUGUUUUUGGUUCGGUGCUCGGUAUCGGUCGAAACGUGCAAUGAUUAAGAACUCUCUAUUUUCUAAUCGAUGUCCUUUUUAAGUAAUCUUGUUAUUUAUUUAUUACACCAACGUCAGCUGCAACGCAAUAAAAGCUGCCCACCCGCAUUUGGCCACCGGGCUAAACGAAGGUUAACACCAUGGAUUUCUCUUCCGAAACACAAAAAGAAAUAAAGCAGCU